AUGAGCUUGAAGUCCAACAUCAAGCCAAUCGUAUAUGGGGUCUUCAACGUGGCUGUGGGAUGUGGGAUUGUAUUUGCGAACAAGGCUGUCCUAUCAGUCUUCAACUUCAAAUUUGUGUAUGCCCUGACACUGGUGCACACAAUAGUCACCAUGAUUGGCAUGUGGAUGUUUGCUGCCGGGGGCAUCUUUGAGAUAAAGCGGUUCAAAGCCCUCCAGGUCGCACCAUUGGCAGCUGCUUUCGUGGGGUAUGUGGUAUUCUGGAACCUGAGCCUGCAGAUAAACUCAGUAGGCUUCUACCAGCUGUCCAAGAUCAUGGUGCUACCAUCAGUUGCAGGGCUUGAGGUGAGCCUUGCUUGUUCCUCCUGCAAGAACAUGACAUCCUCCCUCCAUAUCCCCAUUGAUGUGGAAGGGUCUGCAUGCACAUGCAUGGCUGAGAUCUUGAUGUGCUGGCAUCAGGUGUGGAUUGGAACCAAGCAGAAGGAGCUAGAGGCAGGCAGCAUGCAGCUGAUGCACCAGUACACGCCCUGGGCCACAGGCCUGCUGGCAAUUUUGGUGCCCAUUUUGGGGCUGCUGGUGUCGUGGUCGACGUUUCUGAUGAUUGGGGCGACGUCAGGCCUCACCUUCAACGUGAUUGGCCACCUGAAGCUCAUCAUUGUGCUGGCCGGCGGCGUUGCCUUCUUCGGUGACCAGAUGCCCCCCAAGAAGUUUGCUGGAGUCUGCAUUGCCCUUGCUGGCAUUGCCUGGUACUCCUUCCAGGGGCUGCAGAAGAAGUCCCCGCCCCAAUCAAAGGUGGAGGACACAGAGAUGGCGGCCAAGGCAGAGGAGAAGCAGCCACUGGUGAAUGGGGCAGAAGGGUUGAACGGAAAGACAGUUGUGCGAAAGGAAGCAGCAUGAUAAACUGUGGAACAUAACUCUUUAGCUCUUCAACACACAAGGGUCUUGGCUCCAUCCUGGGUGGUGUGGCUGAACUGUUCUCAGUCAGUCUUCUUGAUACAAGACAGACGGGGCAAGUGGCUGCCUUGAAUUACUCCAGCACUUCUCGUCAAGUUCUGUUCAUCACAUGGAUGUUGCCAUUGUGGAAAUGGGCUUGGAGUUGAGAGGGAAGAAUGCAUUCAGUAUUUCAAGUUUCUGGCCUCUUGGGCAAGAUUUUUUUUGGGAGGUGAACACAGGCUCCAAGAUAUUACCAGGGCCCUUACAACAUUAUGCGUGAGACUUUAGAGCUUAAUUGCUGAAGAUCGGUUUAUACAUGCUUCAAUUCAAGCAUCAACAGCCCAGAUGUAGGCUUUUAUUCAAAAGCACCCUAGCAAUAUUGGAUGAUUAUGUAAUGAGAUAUAGCC